AUGCCAGAGUGUGCUCUAAACAUUUUUUUGGAGGAAGACUUCUUGCCAACUGACAAUGCAGCAUGUCAACUAUUACAGCAAGGUGCAUUUCCCCACACAUUUUCAUGGAAACCAAAUGCCAAAGUGAGGAGAAAAGUUGAAAGGUAACUUACUUUUUCUUUAUUAUGUUAGACUUCUAGAAUUCCAUGCUUAAAGGUCACUAUGUUGCUAUUUCUAGGUCCUUUACUCCUUUAACUUGUGGCAAUGUUCAUGUUGACGAAGAAAACAACCAACCUGAGAUCAGCAGUGAAAGUAGUGAGAUAGAUGUCCUUGAAGAAAAGUUGAAAGACUUAGAGCUAGAGUUGAAAUCCACUAAAGAUGAAUAUUCUCAAUUCAAAACCGCCGCACAAUUAGAAAUUCAGAAAGCAAACAUGGCUACAACACAGGCAAAAGAUGAACUAGCAAGACAAAGAGCUACAUAUAAAUUUGGGGUAGAAAGGUUUACCAGGGAUGAUAGUAACAUUAAGUUUUAUACCGAAUUCCUACUUAUGAGCACCUCAUUGCUUUUUAUGAAUUUGCCAAGCCAACUGCUGAAACCAUCACAUAUUGUUAAGCAUCAGGUGUACUAG